UAAAAGUCAGUCAGGUCUGCAGAUGACACAGAUACUGUUGAGUUUUCACUGACAGAAUGGAGAUCGUGGUGUUUUUCUCGCUGUUUCUUCUGGUCUGCUCUGUUUCCACAAAUCAGACAGAGGCAGAUAAUGAAAUUGUUGAGCAGCAGAUUUCAAACCAACAACCCUGUCCACAGGACCUCCAUGCUGUGCUCAGAGAGCUGACCGUCUCAGUGGCUGUACAGAAAGAACAGAUCGCGAACCUACAGAAAGAGAAUCAAGAUCAUUUAACAAAGCUGAAAGAGCUGGACAGACACGAGACUGAGCUGGACAGGCAGAAAACUGAGAUUGACCAGUUGAAGCAACAGUUACAAGAUAAACAAGUGGCUUUCUCGACUUCUUUGUUGGAUAAAAGCACUGGAAACAUUGGACCCUUUAACAUAGAUACUACUCUGAUAUUUAAACAGGUUUUCAUAAACAUUGGAAAUGCCUACAACAAACACACAGGUAUUUUCACUGCACCAGUGAGAGGAGCCUACCACUUUGAGUGCCAUGUAUAUGGACGUGCAGACAUUAUGACUCGGGUUGCGUUGUUCAAGAAUGGCGAGCGAAUUUUUAUUAUACUUGAACUUCAGCCAUCCCAUUUUUGGACUUCCUCUAAUGGAGCCUCACUGCUUCUAGAAGCUGGAGAUCACAUUUUUUUACGUCUUUCUGCUGAUGCAAGGGUACGUGACAGUGAAGGUCACCACACCACCUUCAGUGGUCACCUGCUUUUCACCAUGUGACCAAUGGGACAGCUCUAUAACGUCCUGUUUGGAGCUCACACUUCAGAAGUAAAACAGAUUAGAUUGGUUCAGGGUUUUGUGUGUGCGUGUUUCCUUCUAUUUAAUCGUGUGUUUCUAAAACUGCUGACUUAGAAUUUUUUGGGGGGCUUAUGUUAUAAUGUCAGUCUAAUAUAACUGUCAAUACUGGUAUAUGUUAAAUCGCACAUACAAUUUAUAGCAAGGUUUUUCUUUUUCCCUUCUUCUUACAAUUGGUGAUGUUACAAGGCAACAGAUUACAAUGUUGAAAUGUUUUUUAUAUUUUCAUCUAUAUCUGGAUUACAUACAUGUAAUAAUACACAGUAAUAAAAAUGGGUUUGAGUUAGUUUCUCUUUCCAAAAUUAAUCUGAUAAAAAAAGUCUUUCAGACAUUUUUCUGCUCCAACUCACAUGUUUAAAUAUUUCCUCAGUCCCAAAACCCAAACCAAUAACACGUGAUAUAUUGAACAUAUGGCUCUAGAGCAGAAGGCAUACAAAAAGGAAAUUACAGUAGAGCUCUGUCUUGAUGCACGCUCAAUCAUCGAGGUAAAGAAAUCCAAGAAAGUUGAUUCUAUUCAUCACAAUCACUCCGAACGUAUGGUUUCAGCAUAGUUUUUCACAACCACAACAAGGCCAGUACAGUCGUGGUGUUUUGCACCAUCGCCCCACUACAAGAAUGUCUUUAACGUCUUGGCUUUUCAUACAUGUACUUUUCUUGUUCUUCUUGAUCCAAGUAGAGAAUGGUUUCUUUGAAAAGAUGUUUGAAUGUCAUGUGUCAUUAAACCCAGAUUUGUACCA